AAUGACUCCAUCAUUUCAUCUCUACAACUAAGAUUCCAGAAAUGCAUCAACCGAAACAAAAGAUUCUCUCUCCAUUCAUUCUCUGCUUCUUCUGCUGCUUUCUAACUGCAGUCGAUCAAGCCAACGUCGGCAAUGCCGCGCUCCUUGAAUCCAACUCUUCCUCGCCGGACAAGCCCAAAGAAGAUAGCUUCGCUGACAUGAUGAAUAGAGCUCUGGAAAAGGAGUUUAACGAUACCAAUGAACAAUCCGACGAAAUUGAUCACGGGAGCUUCAAUAAUAGCGUUGCGGAACAGCAGGCAGUUUUGGAAACUGUUGCAAGAGUUAGGACCAAGAAAAAUGACACAAAGGAAGAAGAUGAAGAUAUGCCAAGGUUGAUAGAUCAGGAGGACAAUGAAUUCACUCUGUCCAAUUCCAAGUCAAAGUUUCCAAUACUGCAGUUGGACAUAAGAUUAAUAUCGGAUCUGGUAGUUGUCAUUGUAUCUGCAACUUGUGGUGGAAUUGCUUUUGCUUGUGCUGGACAACCGGUAAUAACAGGGUAUCUGCUAGCAGGAUCUGUUGUUGGACCUGGGGGGUUCAGUAUAGUCAGUGAAAUGGUGCAAGUUGAAACAGUAGCACAAUUUGGUGUCAUUUUUCUCCUUUUUGCAUUGGGCUUGGAGUUCUCCACAGCUAAGCUUCGUGUUGUUCAAGCAGUUGCUGUGUUAGGGGGCUUGCUCCAAAUAUUUCUUUUUAUGUGUUUGUGCGGGAUAACUGCCUCGCUCUGCAGUGGUGAAACUUCUGAAGGGAUUUUUGUUGGUGUCUUCUUGUCAAUGUCUUCGACAGCUGUGGUUUUAAAGUUUUUGAUGGAAAGAAAAAGUAUUAUGACGCUUCACGGUCGGAUUACUGUUGGGACCUUAAUUUUGCAGGAUUGUGCUGUAGGGCUGCUGUUUGCAUUACUUCCAAUUCUGGAUGGUACAUCUGGUGCUUUUGAUGGAAUAAUAUCAAUUGCUAAAUUGUUGGUAGUUCUAGUUACAUUCUUGACCAUUUUGGCAGUACUAGCACGUACAUGUAUACCUCGGUUUCUUAAGCUGAUGAUAAGCCUCUCAUCACAGACCAAUGAGCUUUACCAAUUGGCAUCUGUGGCUUUCUGCUUGCUUGUUGCUUGGUGUAGCGAUAAGCUGGGUCUAAGCUUUGAAUUGGGUUCCUUUGCUGCUGGAGUGAUGAUAUCAACAACUGAUCUUGGUCAGCACACUCUUGAGCAGGUUGAGCCCAUCCGAAACUUCUUUGCUGCUCUUUUUCUUGCCAGCAUUGGAAUGCUUAUUCAUGUCCAAUUCCUUUGGAAUCAUAUUGACAUACUGCUGGCUGCAGUUAUAUUAGUUAUUAUUUUUAAAACUGCUGUAGUUGCAGCAGUAGUUAAGGGUUUCGGCUAUGGUAGUAAAACAUCACUUCUUGUUGGAAUGUCCUUGUCCCAGAUAGGAGAAUUUGCUUUUCUUCUUCUAAGUCGCGCUUCAAAUCUUCAUCUGAUUGAGGGUAAGUUGUACAUGCUGCUUCUUGGCACAACAGCUCUCAGCCUGGUGACUACGCCAUUGCUAUUCAAACUGAUUCCUGCUGUUGUACACCUUGGAGUGCUACUGCGAUGGUUCCCCCCUGAUGUUUCAAAUGAGAUUGGAAAUAAAGGUGAUAUCCUGCGUGCUGACCAUGCUAGGCGUAUAACUCUGAUGGUUGAAGGAUCUCAUGAUUCAUGAGAACAAUAAAAACACGAGUCGAACUAAUCAAAUAUCAGAUUUACCUGAUGGCAUUCUUAUGCUCUGGGAGGACAGGUUCCCAAGGGUGCAAAGGAGGUUGAUUGAGUAAAAAAACUGCACGUCAUUAUAGAGCUUCGAUAUCAACGCCUUCAGUGAUGGAUUGCAUGAUAAAGACAAUCUCAUGUCACGUACAAAAUGGGGGCUGAUACACCAACUACCAAUCCUGAGAUGCUGGCAAUUGUAGAUCUCUUUUGUUGCCAUAUAUUUGUUUGCAACCAACAUCGAUAUAAUUGCUCUAACAGUGGCUAUUGUUUAUUGAUCUAUCCAUUCUCCUCUGCAAUUUGUUCAUUCUUUUCCCCCCUUUCUACGUAAUGUUCUCUUAAUAGGUAACUGGAUGUGAUACCUGCUUACCCAGAUGUAUCCUUCCGUAUUUUCCAUGUAAGUACACCGUCUUAUACAGAAAAUUAGUAUC